UCUGCGUCAGCAUCCCGGUGUACUGUACUGUACACACACAGACUACUUCCGUCUGAUCACACGCUGCUGCUGCCGGCUACACUGUCUGCAGAUGCAAAGGAUUGGCGCAGUAAUAUGAGGCAGCACCAUGUACUUUACUGAAGAACACAAUGUGAACUAGAAGUGGACUAAUUAGUAUUUUAUUAAUUAUAGGAUUGUGAUAUUGGUAGGAACGAUGGAGCUUUACAGUGCAAAUAUUAGUGUUCUGAAGAGGACAAUUCUUUGUUUGGUGGUCUUGUCUCUAGCUGUGCUCAUCUGCCCAGAUCAGGACUAUUACAGUUUACUUGGCGUGUCCAAAGCAUCCAGCAAUAGGGAAAUCAGGCAGGCGUUUAAGAAGUUGGCACUAAAGUUGCACCCUGACAAAAAUCAGAAUGAUCCUGAAGCACAUGACAAAUUUUUAAAAAUAAACCGAGCGUACGAAGUCUUAAAAGACGAAGAUCUUCGAAAGAAGUAUGAUAAAUAUGGGGAGAAGGGCCUCGAAGACCAGCAGCAAGGAGGCCAGUAUGAGAGCUGGAGCUAUUAUCGCUAUGACUUUGGCAUUUAUGAUGAUGACCCUGAAAUUGUUACUUUGGAUAGAGGAGAAUUUGAUGCGGCUGUUAACUCGGGAGAAGUGUGGUUCUUAAACUUCUAUUCUCCUCGCUGUUCUCACUGUCAUGAUCUGGCGCCUACGUGGAGAGAAUUUGCCAAGGAAAUGGAUGGGCUUAUACGCAUAGGAGCAGUGAACUGCGGAGACGACCGGAUGCUUUGCCGGAGCCAGGGAAUCAAUAGUUACCCAAGUCUCUACGUCUUCAAAGCAGGAAUGAGUCCAGUCAAGUAUUUUGGUGAUCGGACAAAAGGGCAUUUGGUGAAUUUUGCAAUGAAGUAUGUUUCCAGUACUGUGACAGAAUUAUGGGCAGGAAACUUCAGAAGCUCAGUUGAAAAAUCGUUUGCAUCAGGUGUUGGUUGGCUGAUUACAUUCUGUGCUGACACUGGAGACUGCUUAUCUUCGCAGACACGGUUAAAGCUUUCAGCCAUGCUUGACGGACUUGUCAGUGUUGGAUGGAUGGAUUGCUCUACGCAAGCUGAUCUCUGUGACAAUUUGGAAAUCACAACUAGUUCUACCGCUUACUUCCCGCCUGGAGCCACUCUAUCCAAUAAAGAUAAUGGUGUUUUGUUCCUAAAUUCUUUAGACGUGAAAGAGAUCUACAGCGAGGUGAUGAAACAUCUUCCUGACUUGGAAUUGCUUUCUCCAGAUUCUUUAAAGGACAGUUUAGCAUAUCAUCGCUGGCUAGUGUUCUUCACCUAUGGGAACGAUGAUCAGUCCUAUCUGCCAGAUUACAAGAAGCUAAACCUCUUGCUCCGCAAUGACCAUGUUCAGGUCGGACGAUUUGACUGCCAGGCCAAUCCAUCCACAUGCAAGUCCCUGUAUAUCCAUAAGCCCUGUGUAGCUGCAUUUAAAGGGAAAGGGGUCAAUGACUAUGAAAUUCAUCAUGGAAAAAUAAAUCUUUAUGAUUUGGUCGCAUUCACAAAAGAAAGUGUAAAUUCUCAUGUCAUUACACUGGGUCCGCAGAACUUCCCUGGGAAUGAUCGAGAACCGUGGCUGGUAGACUUCUUCGCGCCUUGGUGUCCUCCAUGUAGAGCCCUGCUGCCGGAGUUAAGAAAAGCAUCAAAGCGUGUAUUUGGUCAUGUCCGAUUUGGCACCCUAGAUUGCACCAUCCAUGAAGGCCUUUGUAAUAUGCAUAACAUAAGAGCUUAUCCCACAACUGUAGUUUUCAACCAGUCUAAUACUCAUGAAUACGAGGGACAUCACAGCGCUGACCAGAUCUUGGAAUUCAUCGAGGAUCUUCGCAAUCCCACCGUUAUCACUCUCACACCUGCAAAUUUUAAUGAACUGGUAAAGGGACGGAAUCGAGAGGAAAUCUGGAUGGUGGAUUAUUAUGCGCCUUGGUGUGGACCGUGCCAAGCCCUGAUGCCAGAGUGGAAACGUAUGGCAAGGCAUUUAUCUGGACUCAUCAAUGUUGGAAGUGUUGACUGUCAAAAAUACAGUUCCCUUUGCAGUCAGCAAUAUGUUCAAGCAUACCCAGAAAUUAGACUUUACCCAGCAAAUCGGGACAAUCCCGGUUAUUACAAUUCUUACAAUGGCUGGCAGAGAGAUUCCCAUGCACUAAAGAACUGGGGACUUUCAUAUUUGCCUAAAGUUGCUAUUGAUCUGACACCCGAAAGCUUCAAUGACAAAGUGCUGAACGGCAACGAACACUGGGUUUUGGAUUUCUAUGCCCCGUGGUGCGGACCGUGUAGGAGCUUCGCUCCAGAAUUUGAACAUGUGGCUAGGCUUCUUAAAGGUAAAGUAAAGGCUGGAAAAGUGGACUGCCAAGCCCAUGGGCAGACAUGCCAAUCUGCAGGCAUCAGAGCUUAUCCCACCGUGAAAUUCUAUCCAUACCUGGGGUCUAAGAAGAAAAGUAUUGAUGGUGAACUUAUAGAAAGAAAUGACGCCAAAGAUAUAGUCAAGAUUAUAACGUCAAGGAUAGGAAAUAUUAAAAAUCAGCAAAGGCCAUCUAAAAAGGACGAGUUGUGAUGGAAGGAAUAUAAUAAAGCAAUGAUAACAGUUGAGAAUCACAGAUUCUUCUUGAACACAUUGAUUUGGAUUAUUUAUGAAAGGUUAACAAAAAAAAAAAAAAAUGAAAUUACAGCGGUAUUAAGAUCUGAUGAGCUGUGCAUCACCAGUACAGAUUCCAAUGUACUGUAAAGAAUUGCUUGUCUGUCCCUGGAUGGAAUUUGCACACUAGUGUUGGUUUUAUCUAAAUCCCUUGUUUCACAUAGUUUUAGUAGUCUUAAAACACCCUGUAAGGGCAAACAACGUUCACCUUGGCUUAAAAUAUGAUGUGAAAAGAAAAAACACUGGGAGCCUACUGCAUGCUGGUCAUAUCCUGCCGGUUGUUCUAAGCAGAAUCAAGCAAGAAAUAGGAGUUGUACAAUUGAUAUAGAGUGGGCUUUGUGCUGUGUGUGUGUGUGUGUGUGUGUGUGUGUGUGUGUGUGUGUGUAUGUAUGUAUGUGUAUGUGUGUAUAUAUAUAUAUAUAUAUAUAUAUAUAUAUAUAUAUAUAUAUAUAUAUAUAUAUAUAUAAUAUAUAUAUACACGCAGUUUCAGUUGUCUCCUGGAUGCUGUAUCUAGAUAAUUGCACACUGGGAUUCUAUUGGCAGGGGAUGUAGUUAUGAUCCCGGCGGUCAGCAUACCGACACCAAUAGAGUGGGAAUAGAACCUGUUGCGAGCCACCGAGCCCACAGCGUGGCUAGCGAAGUGAGCCCGCAAGGGGCUUCGUUGUGCUCGUCUCCCUGUCGGCAUUCUGGCUGCCAGGAUCCCAGUGUCGGUAUGCUGACCUCCGGACACCCGUACCCAAUCCAUUAGCAGAAUUUGAUGCAGUUUCCUCUAUCUGUAGAAUUCGGGACAGAUAACCAGUGACGGCAGUAUAUAUAUUUAUUAAUGAAUGCCGUUUUUUUCUUUUAACUGGAGGAUGCGUUUUAUUUUGCAUUAUAUCAAAACUUUAUUCUACUUCCCAGACUCUAGUAAAAUUACCGUUAAGUCCUAUAUUGAGGAUGCACUACAGGAUACACAAGUGUCGUACAGCCAUAGACACUUGUAGCUGCAGUCUUUUAACUAUGGAAGGCCACAUAUUCACAGUAAAUGUUUUCAUAUUACUACAGAACAUUAUCUCCUUAGCAAUCCUAGCUUUAUAAAUACUGUUCUCAGACUAUCGCAACUCUUAAAUACUAUACUUGGAAAGGUGUAGAAACGUUUGCAAACAACACAGAACUCUGUCUUGGGGCUAUAAUAUAUUUAAUAAUUAACCUUGCACAUUGCGGGCCUGCGUGAAUGUGUAUUGGAAAUACUCCAUAUAGGCUGCUGGUAUAAAGCAAUAUAGACACAUUAUACCAUGUAGAGUAGUAACACUACCAAAAGCUGUGCCUUUGCCUACACGCAGUUACCAAGCCUAUAAGCAGUUUUACAGUAAUUGGCUCUAGCGGUAACAAAAUGGCUGCUUCGAUGUGUCAUUGAAGAGCAAUAGUCAUACAUAGCUGGUCACUUUUAUGAAAGCUACUGUGCAGGAGAGAAUUGCUGUAACCAAUCGUAUGUCUGCUUUCAUUUUGUAAACAUAACAAGAAUUGUUAUGAACCUCUGACUGUGGGUUAUAGUACCUUUAUCCUGUGCACCAAUGUGACUGAAGGAAGCUGGUUCACAUUCUUAACUGUAAACUCUUAUUUUUACAACAAAUGUCCAUGAACAUAUCAGGAAAGUGCCUAAAAUAUUAAAUAAUUAUCACAGUUACUACUAUGAAGUAUUUUCAUUUUCUAGACUUAUCUGUAACUAGUUACUAGCCUGUCAGAAUGACGGAACAACGUAACUGUAAUGUCAGCGCUGACAACUGUGUGUGCUGCCGAAUGGAGCAACACGUGAUUUCCUCUGUCGGGUGCCAUCUAGUGGUGGCCGGCGGGUAAAACACUUGAAUUCCUCCCAUAGAGGUGAGGAGCAGCAUUAGCCUUUUAUUAUAUAGGAUUGCUGGACAGAUUGGCAAUUAAGCAAACGCAAUGCAGCCAUUAACCGUUAAAUUACGCCCUUUUUGAUCACCAUAUACUGUAUUUUCUCAGUGAUGUGAUUCAUAUGUCAUAUCUCACAAUGGGGUCUAUUCAUGAAGCAGUGAAAAGUAAGGAGAAGUUGCCCAUGGUGACCAAUUAGCAUUGAAGUAACAUUUAUCAUUUGCAGCUGAUUGGCUGCCAUAGACAACUUUUCCGCUGGCUCAAUUCUCUAAUUCACUGCUUCAUGAAAAGACCCCAAUAUAUGAAAUAAAUAUGCAUAUAGAUGGCCUGCAGCCUAAUAAUGCACAGUACAAUACAUUGGUUGUAUCCUGUGAUUGAGAACCGUAUGCCAACAGUGAUCUAUGCCAAUGCACAAUAUAUUACAGAGAUGUAUUAACUGGUAUCCAUUCACAUGAUCGACCAUUUUAUGGUCGACAGUCAUUAGGUCGACCACUAUUGGUCGACAUUGAAAUGGUCGACACAUGAAAAGGUCGACAUGAGUUUUUUAACUUAUUUUUCUUUUGGGGAACUUUUCCAUACUUUACGAUCCACGUGGACUACGAUUGGAACGGUAAUCUGUGCCGAGCGAAGCGGUACCGGAGCGAAGGCACCAUGCCCGAAGCAUGGCGAGCGAAGCGAGCCAUGCGAGGGGAUGCAGUGCACUAAUUGGGGUUCCCAGUCACUUUACGAAAAAAAACUACACCAAAAAAAGAAGAAAAAAACAUGUCGACCUUUUCAUGUGUCGACCAAUAGUGGUCGACCUAAUGACUGCCGACCAUAACAUGGUCGACCAUUCAUACCAGAACCGUAUUAACUUGAGACACCAAUGUAGUAAUUCUCAAAUAUUAAACAGCUGUAAACUGUUUAACACAAGUCCACUUGCUGAGGUUACAAGUUGUAUAAUGUAUCAGACUGAUAGAAUUUGUUCAGCCUCUGAUGCAUGUAUAGCCGUUAUUUGUGGCAUCCAUGUUGAAACAGUCAUUGUCACCAAAAGGUUAAGUCUAGAUGCAAUUGGAAAGCGGCAUUAUCACAUAAUCGUUAAAUGUUACUCACCGGCUCCUUCCUAAUCUGGGAACGGUAGCAAGCCAUUGUUUAUCCCGAGACGAUACAGCCCAUCUCACAUCUCAGCCGUGUGAAGUGUGACUAAUUAGCCACAAUAACGCUCAAAUGUACGCCAACCUUCAGUAUAUCCGUAUGUAUCACUCCAAUUUUAUCUAUCGCCCUGAUCUAUAUUAGAUUAAUGUUAAUGUACUUUAGUCUGGCAUCUCACAGUGAUCUUUAAAAUGUAUGCCCUGGCUGUAAGAUUGCCAGGCAAAAGUAAAACAGAUGAAAACUUGGCAGGACUGCAAUGAACUUUGCAGAAAUUGAAUUUAAAUUCCAAGCAAUUAUGACAAAGGUUGCAGAGACCAAAUGUGAAAAAUCUAAGGGGCAGAUUUAACAACGAGUGAUAUUCUUGUUAUCACUCGUUACUAAUCUUAAAUGGCGCUCCAACCAAUCAGCUCCUGUCAUUUUUCAAACACGUGACCGGAGCUGAUUGGUUGGAGCACUGUUUAAAUCUAGUAACGAGAGAUGACAAGAAUAUCACUUGUUGAUAAAUCUGCCCCUACAUUGGCAAAAGGUUUUGGUUAUGUCAUGAAAAUAUCCAAUACAUUUUUUUAUAUGUGGCAUAAUAUAUCGACAGUCAUAAUAUUAACAUGACAUUGUUUAUAUGAUCCUAGUGUUUGCAUCAGUGUCAACAUUAUGUAAUUGACCUAUUAUGAAACAUACAGUCUUUGUCCAAAAAAAAAUGAAAAAGUGUAUCAACAGUUUGUUGACCGUUUCACCCUAUUGACCUUUUUUACCUUUCGACCAUUUGGUGUCGAUCUAUUGACUGUAGAUCUAAACACUGUAGCUCUUCUAUACCAUACCCCUGGGAAGUAUUCUCUGUUUUUAAGUUCAUCCAUUUUCUGCAAACAGUGGUUGGCAGCCAUUUUGUGGGCAGGACUGAUGUUUGUGAUAAUGCAGCUUAUUACUUCAGUACAAGAUCCUUGUUAAUGGCCUAUGAACUUUUGUGCCCUUGGUAUUCCCACACUGUCUCCAUUUUGUCAUUAUUACUUUUUAAAUGUGAUAUUGUAGAUCUUAUCAAUACAGCCAUUUAUACACUAGUUGGUAAAGAUUAUACUGAUUGGCUGUUCAAUAAACUUAUUGGUCCUGUUUCACAAGUUAGCUAUUUUGUUAACCCACUAGCCAUAAAAAAAAAAACAGUUAAUGAGGUAGAUAACGUAAAUGUCAGGAUUAUAAUGUUGUUUUAUAUGUCACAUCAAUGUUUAGCAAUGGAAUGUCUGCGUACACCAAGAAAAUUGAAAUACACUUGCUAGAAUUUGUCCUUUUUUAAGGAACUUUGUUUUUGAAGUGACUUUGUAAUAAACUUCUAAAGCCA